AUUCUACACUGAACGGCGUGUUUGGAUGGAAGCCUAAAAAUUGCGGCAAUUGCGAAAGCUAUUACUAAUCACUUGGACGUGGGACAUUCACGUUCGCGCUUCUUUUUUCUCUUGGCAUUGCGUUAACGUUGCGUUUGUGUGUGCAAUUAACAUCACACAACAAAACCUUGUUCGUUCUUCUCUGAACUCUCUCAUUAGUGUGAGCCGAGAGUCAUGACGGACGGUCAUCUCUUCAACAACAUCACCCUCGGAGGCCGUGGAGGCACCAAUCCAGGGCAGAUAAAAAUAUAUCCUGGAGGAAUUAUAUGGAAGAGACAGGGUGGUGGUAAAUUAAUUGAAGUUGAUAAAUCUGACAUAAUGGGGGUGACAUGGAUGAAGGUGCCCAGGAGUAACCAACUUGGUGUUCAAAUCAAAGAUGGGUUGUACUAUAAGUUCACGGGAUUUCGUGACCAGGAUGUUGUAAGUUUGACCAAUUUUUUCCAAAACACCUGUGGAAUAUCAGUAGAAGAGAAGCAGCUUUCUGUUAGCGGACGUAAUUGGGGAGAAGUUGAUCUAAAUGGAAAUAUGCUGGCUUUCACGGUUGGUUCAAAGCAAGCUUUUGAAGUGUCUUUAGCAGAUGUCUCUCAAACGCAGCUUCAAGGGAAGAAUGAUGUGAUCUUGGAGUUUCAUGUGGAUGACACAACUGGAGCAAAUGAGAAAGAUUCACUAAUGGAGAUAAGUUUCCAUAUACCAAAUUCCAACACCCAGUUUGUUGGUGAUGAAAAUCGUCCCCCUGCUCAGGUUUUCCGUGACAAAAUUAUGUCUAUGGCUGAUGUUGGCGCUGGAGGUGAAGAUGCUAUUGUUACAUUUGAGGGUAUUGCGAUCCUUACACCAAGAGGACGAUACAGUGUUGAGUUACACAUGUCAUUCUUGCGGCUUCAAGGACAGGCUAAUGAUUUCAAAAUCCAAUAUAGCAGUGUGGUUCGCCUAUUUUUACUUCCUAAGUCUAAUCAACCACAUACCUUCGUCAUUAUUAGUCUUGAUCCCCCUAUUCGAAAGGGACAAACAUUGUACCCUCAUAUUGUGAUGCAGUUUGAAACUGAUUAUGUUGUUGAAAGUGAAUUGGCAAUAAAUGAAGAUCUUUAUAACACAAAGUACAAGGACAAGUUGGAUCUGUCUUAUAAGGGGCUUAUUCAUGAAGUGUUCACCACAAUAUUACGUGGUUUGUCUGGUGCCAAAGUGACCAAGCCCGGAAAAUUUAGGAGUUGUCAAGAUGGCUAUGCAGUGAAAUCAUCUUUGAAAGCUGAAGAUGGAAUUCUGUAUCCCCUUGAGAAGAGCUUCUUCUUUCUACCUAAACCUCCCACUCUUAUUCUUCAUGAAGAGAUUGACUAUGUGGAAUUUGAGCGACAUGCUGCUGGUGGGUCCAAUAUGCAUUAUUUUGACCUUCUUAUCAGACUAAAAUCUGAACAAGAGCAUCUCUUCCGUAAUAUUCAGAGAAAUGAGUACCACAAUUUGUAUGAAUUUAUCAGUUCAAAGGGCUUGAAAAUUUUGAACUUAGGAGAUGCACAACCUACUGUUGGUAUAAAGAAGGUUCUUGAGAAUGAUGAUGAUGAUGCUGUUGAUCCACAUCUUGAACGCAUCAAAAAUGAAGCUGGUGGAGAUGAAAGUGAUGAGGAGGAUUCCGAUUUUGUUGCUGACAAGGAUGAUGAAGGUUCUCCUACUGAUGAUUCUGGGGCAGACGAUUCUGAUGCCACUGAUAGUGGUGAUGAGAAAGAGAAGCCUGCCAAAAAGGAAUCAAAGAAGGAUCUGCCUUCUAAGGCAUCUACUUCUAAAAAGAAAUCAAAAGAUGAUGAAGAUGGAAAGAAGAGAAAACAGAAGAAGAGAAAGGACCCAAAUGCACCCAAGAGGGCAAUGUCUGGUUUCAUGUUCUUUUCUAAAUUGGAAAGAGAGAAUCUAAAGAAAACUAAUCCUGGAAUUUCAUUUACGGAUGUGUCAAGAGUACUUGGAGAGAAAUGGAAAAAGUUGUCAGUGGAAGAGAAGGAACCAUACGAGGCAAAGGCACGUGAAGAUAAAAAACGUUACAAGGAUGAGAUUAGUGGCUACAAGAAUCCGCAACCCAUGAAUAUUGAUUCAGGAAAUGAAUCCGACAGUGCCUAAGCUCCGUAUAUUUCUUACUGGAGUGGUGAUGACAUCUACUCUCAUGCUCCGUAAGUUGGCACAUUUAUGCUCUUGGAAAUGGCUUGAUAACUUGUGAACAUGCUCAAGAGUUUUGUGCUCUGUUGGUUUGCAUGGCUAUAGGGAAGGCAGGGACGGUAGAGCUUGAUGUGUUGAGUAGGUUCCUAUGCUUAAUUGAAUUAGUGGUCUUUGUGAAUUGUGACCCAAUUUUCGCUAAAUGACAGUGCCUCUUUUUAGAGUUUAUGACCGGCAGAUGUAGGAUUUGUAACAAUUUUUUUGCUUCAACUCUUUGCACGAAUAGGAUUUAAAAUAUUAGAUCAAGCCUACUUUUUUUUAUUGUUUUUUGUUCCAGAUCUGCAGAUUGGUACUUGAUCUGGGAUAUGCAUCCGUUUAAAUGUGAUAGCUAAAACUAAAA